UCUUGGCGAAGGGGGGAUCAGGAAGUGCGGACCGCGGCGGCGGCGGCGGCGGCGGCGGCUGAGCCCGGAGCCCGGAGCGGAGGCCGGAGGCGCCCGGCCCGCCGGCCCCGGAGCGGAGCGGAGGAUGCAGCAGCCGCAGCCGCAGGGGCAGCAGCAGCAGCCGGGGCCGGGGCAGCAGCUGGGGGCGCUGGGGCAGGGGCUGGCGCUGGGGCAGGGGCAGGGGCAGGGGGCGGCGCCGGGGGCCGGGGGCGGCCCGGGGGGGGGCCCGGGCCCGGGGCCCUGCCUGAGGCGGGAGCUGAAGCUGCUCGAGUCCAUCUUCCAUCGUGGCCACGAGCGCUUCCGCAUUGCCAGCGCCUGCCUGGACGAGCUGAGCUGCGAGUUCCUGCUGGCCGGGGCCGGGGCCGGGGCGGCGGGGGCGGCGCCCGGGCCGCACCUCCCCCCGCGGGGCCCCGCGCCCGGGGAGCCCGUCCGCAUCCACUGCAACAUCACGGAAUCUUAUCCUGCGGUGCCCCCAAUCUGGUCUGUGGAGUCUGAUGACCCUAACUUGGCUGCCGUUCUGGAGAGACUUGUGGAUAUAAAGAAAGGGAAUACUCUGCUGUUGCAGCAUCUGAAGAGGAUCAUCUCUGACUUGUGCAAACUGUACAACCUUCCUCAGCAUCCAGAUGUUGAGAUGCUAGACCAGCCCCUGCCAGCUGAGCAGUGCACACAAGAAGAUGUUUCUUCUGAAGAUGAAGAUGAAGAGAUGCCUGAGGAUACAGAGGACCUAGAUCACUAUGAAAUGAAAGAAGAAGAGCCAGCUGAAGGGAAGAAGUCUGAGGAUGAUGGCAUUGGGAAGGAGAACUUGGCCAUAUUAGAGAAAAUUAAAAAGAACCAGAGGCAAGAUUACUUAAAUGGCGCAGUGUCUGGCUCGGUGCAGGCCACUGACCGGCUGAUGAAGGAGCUCAGGGAUAUUUACCGAUCACAAAGUUUCAAAGGCGGAAACUAUGCAGUCGAACUAGUAAAUGAUAGCCUGUACGAUUGGAAUGUCAAACUCCUCAAGGUUGACCAGGACAGCGCUUUGCACAACGAUCUCCAGAUCCUCAAAGAGAAAGAAGGAGCUGACUUCAUUCUCCUCAACUUUUCUUUUAAAGACAAUUUUCCCUUUGACCCGCCAUUUGUCAGGGUUGUCUCUCCAGUCCUCUCAGGAGGGUAUGUUCUGGGCGGAGGUGCCAUCUGCAUGGAACUUCUCACCAAACAGGGCUGGAGCAGUGCCUACUCCAUAGAGUCCGUGAUCAUGCAGAUCAGUGCCACCCUGGUGAAAGGGAAAGCACGAGUACAGUUUGGAGCCAACAAAUCUCAAUACAGUCUGACAAGAGCACAGCAGUCCUACAAGUCCCUGGUGCAGAUCCAUGAAAAAAAUGGCUGGUACACACCCCCCAAAGAAGACGGCUAACCCCGGAGUCUCUCCCUCCUCCCUCCCCAGGCACCACUGGACCAAUUACCUUGGAAUGCUGUAUUUGGAUCUUACGCUGCCUCUGUGGUUCCCUCCCUCACUCACUCUUUUCCUGGACGUGAUAGCUCUGCCUAUUGCAGGACAAUGAUGGCUAUUCUAAACGCUAAGGAAAAAACAAACACAGAACUGUUUAAGAUAUUCAAGACUGACUUACAAACCAACCAACCACCUUGCUGGAACCCUUGCUAGCAGACAUUCUUAUAAAAGAAACUUUUGAGCCUUCUUAUAUUGCUGGAAAUUCAGCUGUGCUCCUGACUAGAGCAGCCUCCUUACCUAUGCUAUGGAUUUUUAAUUUAUUUUCUCUUAUUUCAUGUACACUGCUUUUUUUGGUUACAGUGUAUGAUGGAUGUGUAUGGAAAAAAAAUGUAUCUUUGGGAAAACAAUUACAGUUUGUUAAUUUGAA